UACAUGAAUGCCCGUGAGGUGAUAGAGUUCCUUAUGCUGAAGCCUGGUGAAUACCUGAUUGUGCCAUCCACCUUCAAACCCAACGAGACAGCCUCCUUCAUCCUCACCAUCCACUCAAGAGAAGAGACGUGUUGCUAUGAGAAUUCAAAUUCAAAUGAGCAAAGAUAUGAGCCAGUUGAAAAGGUCACAAAAGUAAAAAACCAUCAGGAUGAAGAAAACAAGAAAACAUUCUUCCGUCAAUACUCUGACAAGUAUGAAGAAGUGGAUGCUGAGCAGCUCCAGAGGCUUCUAAAUGAAAACAUCCUGAAAGGAGAAAUGAAAUCUGGAGGGUUCAGCCUUGAUGCCUGUCGCAGCAUGGUGGCUCUAAUGGAUACAUCAAUCACAGGCAAACUAAACAGUGAGGAAUUUGUCCGUCUGUGGAACAAGGUCACCAAGUACAAGGAGACUUUCUUCCUCACCGACGUUUCAAAAACAGGAACGCUGUCACUGAGUGAGCUGAGGAACGCAUUUGUAGCUUCAGGAAUGAAGGUUUCAGAUGACAUGCUCAGUCUGAUGGCUCUGCGCUAUGGCGCCUCCUCUGGACACAUGGCACUGGAGUGCUUCAUCAGUCUCAUGAUUCGCUUGGACUGCAUGAAGAAAAUCUUCAAACAGUUGUCUGAUGGAAAAUCCAUUCAUCUCAAGGAGUCAGAGUGGAUGUACGUUUCCAUGUACACUUAAGCCAGCUGAAAGACAGAUGCACGUUUCAUCUGGAAAACACAAGAAGAUAUUUCAAAAACUUGUUUUCUGUGAAUUAGCUAUAACACUUUAUUACUUUGAAACAACUAAACACAAUAAUGUGAAAC